UCUUACAGAAAUCCUAAAGCUGAUAAUCAAAGAAUAUACAAAAAGAUCAAUAAUGAUGCUUCCCUGAGGAUACAAAAUUUGUCCGUUCUGGUGAAACAAAUCAAAUCAUACUAUCAGGAAUCUUUACAGCAGUUGGUUAUGAUGUCUUUGCCAAAUGUUUUAACUAUUGGAAAAAAUCCAUUUUGCGAGCAAGGUACGGAAGAGAUGAAGAAGAUGUUGCUGCUUAUGCUGGGCUGUGCAGUUCAGUGUGCAAGAAAGGAAGAGUUUAUUGAUAAAAUACAAGACUUGAAUUUCGACACCAAGGCAGCUGUCGCGGCUCACAUCCAAGAGGUAACUCACAAUGCGGAGAAUGUUUUUGACCUGCAGUCAAUGGACUCUACUGACAUCUCCCCAGAUGAUUUGGAAUCAUUACUGAAAAAUGUAGCUUUCCAUUUAAAGAGACUGGUGGAUGAAAGAGAUGACCAAUCGGAGACAAUUAUCGAGCUGACAGAGGAGAGGGACUCCCUUCACUUCACACCUCCGCCAGCCUUUGCUCAGUCUCCCUCUGGAUCGCCGGGGAUGAGGAGGACGGAGAGCAGACAGCACCUGUCGGUGGAGCUGGCAGACGCCAAGGCUAAAAUACGACGGCUGAGGCAGGAGCUGGAAGAGAAAACGGAACAAUUUCUGGACAGUAAACAGGAGGUAGCCCAGUUGGAAGCGGAGCUCAAGAGACUGCAGCAGGAGAACAUGAAUCUGUUGGCCGAUGCCAGGUCUGCUCGCAUGUACAGGGAUGAGCUAGACCACUCAGGGAAAAAGCUGUACGACAGUUGACAAGCUUGAAAGUGAAGUCAACCGGUACUAAAAGAACGGAUGCACGACAUUGAGUUUUUUACAAAGCCAGGGUAGAUAGGAGUUAAAAGAAGACAAUCAGGUGCUUCUGGAAACAAAAAUCAUGUUGGAGGACCAGCUGGAGGGGUCCCGAGCUCGGUCUGAUAAACUGCAUGAGCUAGAGAAGGAAAAUAUUCAGUUUCAAAGCUAAGAUCCAUGAUAUGGAGAUGGAGCGGGAUAUAGAAAGGAAGAGAAUCGAGGAGCUGAUGGAGGAGAACAUGUCUCUAGAAAUGGCUCAGAAGCAAAGCAUGGAUGAGUCGUUACAUCUUGGCUGGGAACUGGAACAACUGUCUAAAACCAGCGAUCUCCCGGAAACACCACAGAAAUCACUGGGACAUGAAGUGAAUGAGCUUACGUCCAGCCGGCUGCUCAAAUUAGAGAUGGAAAACCAAACUUUGCUGACCACAGUGGAAGAGUUGAAGAAUGCCAUGGGCUCCACGGAGGGUGCCAAUUCCAAAAUCCUGAAAAUGGAAAAAGAAAACCAAAGACUAAGCAAGAAGCUGGAGAUAAUAGAAGCAGAGCUAAUUCAUGAGCGUCAGACCAUUGAGAGCAGCCAACAAAUGAGCGAUGACCUUAUGAAGGAAAAGUCGCAGCUGGAGAAGAUCAUAGAGACGCUGCGUGAGAACUCGGAGAGACAGAUCAAAGGGCUGGAGCAAGAAAAUGAGCAUUUGAACCAAACCAUCACAUCCCUGAGGCAACGUUCUCAGAUUGGUGCUGAAGCCAGGGUGAAGGAUAUAGAAAAGGAGAAUAAGAUCUUGCAUGAGUCCAUCAAAGAAACAAGCAGUAAACUAAAUAAGGUGGAGUUUGAGAAAAAACAGCUCAGAAAAGAACUAGAACAUUUUAAGAAAAAGGAGAAAGAGCUGAGGACCUGGAAAAGGAACUGCAUCGGGUGGAAAAAGAAAAUGAACAGCUGCAGAAGAAGAUCACCAGCUUAAACAUUGUCUGUGAAAAGGCAGAGUCCUUGGAACAAGAAAAUAUCGGGUUAGAAAUAGAAAACCGUAAGCUGAAGAAAACCUUAGAUAGUCUCAAAAAUCUUAAGUAUCAAAUGGAAUCAUUGGAGAAAGAGAACACGCAGCUUGAAGAAGAGAACUUGGACCUAAGACGGAUGGUUGAGUCACUAAAGAGCACAAAUAUUAGGGUAGCUCAGCUGGAGCUAGAAAACAAAGAGCUGGAAAAUGAGAAAGAGCAACUAAAGAAAGGCAUGGACCUCAUGAGAGCAUCUUGUAAGAAAACUGAGCGUUUAGAAGUCAGUUACCAAGGGCUCGACACGGAGAACCAAAGGCUACAAAAGGCUCUGGAAAAUAGCAACAAAAAGAUCCAGCAGCUUGAAACUGAACUUCAGGAGCUGGAGACAGAAAAUCAGACUUUGCAGAAGAACCUGGAAGAGCUGAAAAUCUCUAGCAAGAGACUGGAACAGCUGGAAAAGGAAACUAAGCUUUUGGAGCAGGAGACCUGUCAGCUGGAAAAGGACAAGAAGCAACUUGAGAAGGAGAACAAGAGGCUACGCCAGCAGGUUGAGAUUAAAGACAUUACGUUGGAGGAGAAUAAUGUGAAGAUCUCAAAUUUAGAGAGGGAAAAUAAAUUACUUUCAAAAGAGACAAAUGCAUUUAAAGAGUCCUAUUCAAGGCUUAAAGAACUAGAAAAAGACAACAAGGAACUUGUAAAAAGAGCAACAAUAGAUAAGAAAACACUAAUCACGCUAAGAGAGGACUUGGUAAAUGAGAAGCUGAAGACCCAACAAACCAAUAAUGAGCUGGAAAAACUAAGCCAUGAGCUGGAAAAGAUAGGUCUAAAUAAAGAGCGUCUCUUACAUGAUGAUGAGCAGACCAGUGAUGACAGAUAUAAGCUUUUGGAAUCCAAAUUAGAAUCUACGUUGAAAAAGUCUCUGGAAAUAAAGGAGGAAAAAAUUGCCUCGCUUGAAGCUCGAUUAGAGGAAUCGACUAAUUUCAAUCAACAACUACGCCAAGAACUAAAAACUGUGAAGAAGAAUUACGAAGCUCUUAAGCAGAGACAAGAGGAGGAGAAGUUGACGCAGAGCUCACUUCCUAAGCUUGGAGAGGACAGCGUUCCCAUCAAUAAAUGGGAGCGGGAGAGCCAGGAGACCACGAGGGAGUUGCUGAAGAUCAAAGAUCGCCUGAUAGAAGUAGAGAGAAAUAAUGCUACUCUGCAGGCAGAAAAGCAAGCACUGAAAACUCAGCUGAAACAAAUGGAAACUCAAAACGACAACUUACAAGCACAAAUUCUGACUCUUCAAAAGCAAACUAUUUCGCUGCAGGAGCAAAACACAACUCUACAGACACAAAAUGCCAAACUGCAGGUCGAAAACUCUACUCUCAACUCUCAGAGCACCUCAUUAAUGAACCAAAAUUCACAGCUUCUCCUCCAGCAGUCUAGCUUAGAAAACGAGAACGAGUCUUUGGUAAAAGAAAGAGAAGAGCUGAAAUCAAUGUAUGAUUUACUGGUAAAAGACCACGAAAAGCUGGCACAGGUUCACGAGCGCCAAGCAGCAGAGUACGAAUCGCUGAUCUCCAAACACGGCAACUUGAAGUCUGCACAUAAAAAUCUGGAGAUGGAACACAAAGAUCUCGUAGACCGAUAUAACCAGCUGCUAAAACAGAAAGUGCAGUUAGAAGACCUGGAAAAGGCUCUUAAGGAGGAACAAGGGAAAAUGGUGCAGGAGAACAAGCAGCAUGAAAUGUUGGCUUCAGACUAUCAAAGACUCACAGAAGAGCAUGGGAGACUUAACCACACAUAUAGACAACUGUUACGGGAGAAUGAAAGCCUGCAAAGUGACCAUAAAAACCUGAAAAGUUCGCUCAACAAUGGAAAAUUAGAACAGACCCGAUUAGAAGCAGAGUUCUCCCGACUAAAGGAAGAAUAUCAGAAGUUGGACAUCGAAUCCACCAAACUAAAUAACCAGUGCGAGCUUUUAGGGCAAGUUAAAGGGAACCUGGAAGAGGAGAAUAGACAUUUGACAGACCAGAUACAGACAUUAAUGUUGCUGAACAAAACGUUGCUGGACCAGAAUAUGGAAAGCAAAGAUCUCUUCCAGAUUGAACAAAGACAAUACAUGGAUAGGUUAAACGAGCUACGACGACAGAAAGAAAAACUGGAAGAAAAGAUCAUGGAUCAGUACAAGUUCUAUGAACCAUCACCUCCACGAAGGAGAGGAAACUGGAUAACUUUAAAGAUGAGGAAGCUGAUCAAGUCCAAGAAAGAUGUCAACCGUGAACGCCUGAGAUCCCUUACACUCACACCAUCCCGAUCAGAGUCCAGCGAAGGGUUUCUGCAGUUACCUCCCCAGGACAGCCAAGACAGCUCAUCCGUAGGUUCAAAUUCACUUGAGGAUGGGCAUCCACUUGGGGCCAAGAAAAGCAGCACACUGAAAAGACUGCCUUUUAUGAGGAACAGACCGAAGGAUAAAGACAAAAUGAAGGCCCUCUACCGCCGCUCUGUGUCCAUGAAUGACCUGGUCCAGUCCAUGGUCCUGGCAGGUGGACAGUGGGCAGGUAGUGCUGAAAAUCUGGAGGGUCCCGAUGAAAUUCCCACGGGCAAAAGGAGGAAAGAUUUGGGAACUAUGGCCUUCUCCACAACUGCCAUCAACUUUUCAACAGUCAACCAAGCUACAAGCUUCAGAACCAAGCAGAUACCUAAGAGUAAAGAUGGCGCUUCCUAUGAAGAUGUCAGUGGUCAUGGUGCAAGUGAUGAUUCUUAUAGUGGUUCCACCGUUCCUGGCACCACUCAGAGUAGGUCCCAGAGCCACAGCAGUGGAGAUUUUGGUCUGCACCAUGACAAUGAAGUGUGGUCCGGCAGCAGUAGUCCCGUCCAGCAUUUUGGUCAGCGUUUGAAAAAGUCUGCCGCAUCCAGCCCCAUGCUGAGGCUCAAAUCAUGCGAUGGAGCAGAAUGCCUUGCCCAGUCGAGGAAGAAACUGGGGUCACCUGGAAGUGAGAUGGUCUCCCUCAAGCAGUUCUUAGAAGAAAGCAGUAAGCUCACUGUAAGCCAGAUUCGGUCUGGAAGCCAGGAAAACCUUCUAGACGAAGUCAUGAGAAGCUUGUCUGGCUCCGCUGAAUUAUCAGGAUUACAGUCUCCGUCACAGCUGUCUCCUGGCCUAGCACUGGGUGACAGUAAGACUGGAAAAGCAGACCAGUGUGCACGACCCAACCCUCGGAAAACAGAGAAUAUGCGAUUCACAUUCCCUGUAGAGACAGUCACACAAUCUAUAGAUGGAGACGCCGCUCUAAGUCCAGGAAUGGCAUGUACAGCACAACAAACAACUAAAGAGCCCAGCCAAUAUGCCACCUUACCUCGUGCUAGCAGUGUGAUCUCCACUGCCGAAGGGACCACACGUAGGACAAGUAUUCAUGAUUUUUUAUCCAAAGACAAUAGGUCACCUGUAUCAGUUGAUCCAUCACCGACACGGGAAGAUGCUCCAUCUUUAUCGAAUGUGGAGGCCACACCAGAGAUCAGGCUUUCAAAAAGCAGGUCUAGGGAGCAGCAAAUCCCUUAA